UUCUGCGCUGUUGUUACCCCUCAUGACAUGAGAAGGUGAGCUGCAAAGGAUGCUGCUCAUUCGAAGAAGAUGGUAACCGGCCUCAGUUGCAGCUGAAAUGGGCCAAUCCGUCCAGUCUUUGAAUGCAGGCAUUACAGCUGCCUAUGUUGGAACUUGCAACGAGGAUACCUGGGAGAGGCGGGUGCGUGCAGGCUUUAACGACCCCUUUGGAAUCAACAUCACCGAUACGAUUUAUAGGCGACAAAAGAUGACCAAAGACGAAAUGAACAAGUUAUAUGCCGACAUGGGUAUCGAUGCAUCAAACUGCAAUGAAUGCGAGGCGGAAGCACGAGGCUGCCCGAGAGAAAGCAUGGAGAGAGAGCCAGGGUGGACAGAAGCAACCUCUUCGGCCGCAGACGCAAAGCCAGAUGAGCCAGGAGUCCCGAACGCACCACAACCUCUGAAAAUGGGCAGCGUCCAUUCUGCCGAUUCUGUGGCGGAAAACAUCGGAGCAUUAAUUGGUAUAUCGACGGUGCUGAAGUCAACGAAGUGACUGCCCAGAGUAUCAUCUUCAAUCAAAUGGAAGCACUCGUUCAACUCCCCUAAGAGCUUUGUGUGCCGGGUACUGAAUUUGUUAAUCAUCUCGCCCGUAUCAACCUUAUUUGCCAUGGCGUCACUACAAAGAAAGAGGUGGAUACAAUUCUGGGCAAAUAUACAGGCAAUUCCCGCGAUGAGCCAACGGCGUUCGAAUACAAGUGUCCUAAGUACAAGGAAUGCGGCUAUAAGUCAACGUGGCUGCGAAAUGUGGUACGUCACAAGGUUCGCUGUGGUAGAGAUUAAGGUUGGGAUGGGAUAACGUCUAAUGGAUCACAUUGCGAAAUAUACGAUAUCAUGAAGG